AACUGUGGAGACGGGCAGCGCGCUGUCCAAAGACUCAGCCUGACGCACGGAGACGGACAGACAGACAGACAGUCUGAUGCCAACUGUCUCCACUGUCAAUCUCACGGCACCACUCCUCCUCCUGUUGCUAUGGGCAACCCAACCCACCACGGCAACCAACUGGCUCUCCCUGGCGAGGCUGCCUCGCUCCAGGCCUGUGUCCGGUGCUGCCCCAUGUGCACGGCUGAGGGGGCUGACGCCAGGGCAGGUGGGGGUGUGCAGGGCGCGGGGGGAGGUCAUGGAGUCCGUACGCAAGGCAGCAGAGAUGGUCAUAGAAGAGUGCCAGCACCAGUUCAGGAAUCGCCGUUGGAACUGUUCCACAACCCCACGUGGGAUCAAUAUAUUUGGCAGAGUCAUGAACCAAGGAACUCGUGAGGCGGCCUUUGUGCAUGCUUUGUCCUCAGCAGCUGUGGCAGUGGCUGUGACCCGAGCCUGCACUCGCGGGGAGCUGGAGAGGUGUGGAUGUGACAGGAAGGUCAGGGGGGUCAGCCCUGAGGGCUUCCAGUGGUCUGGGUGCAGUGACAACCUGUCCUAUGGUGUGGCUUUCUCCCAGACAUUUGUGGAUGAACCAGAACGAGCCAAGGGGCUGUCAGCAGGACGACCACUUAUGAAUCUCCAUAACAACGAGGCUGGUCGAAAGGCAAUCCUUCACAAUAUGCAGGUGGAGUGUAAGUGUCAUGGCGUCUCUGGCUCUUGUGAGUUGAGGACUUGCUGGAAGGUCAUGCCUCCAUUCAGGCGUGUCGGCGUUGUGCUCAAGGAACGCUUUGAUGGAGCCACGGAGGUCCGCCUCACUCGUAUAGGAUCCAGGACAGCCCUGCUCCCCCGUGACCCCCAGGUCAAACCCCCUGCUGCCAGAGACCUCGUGUACCUUGCGCCCUCUCCAGAUUUCUGCCAUCUUGACCCUGACAACGGUAUCCCUGGGACUGCUGGUAGGAGAUGUAACGGAACCUCUCGGCUGGCGCCAGAUGGCUGUGAGCUGGUGUGUUGCGGGCCAGGAUACAGAGCAGGUCGGGCUGAGGUGGUGCAGCGCUGCUCCUGCAAGUUUUCCUGGUGCUGCUCAGUCCGCUGCCAGCAGUGCAAGAACACAGUCACUAUUCACACCUGCAGAGUGUAAGACAGCCCAAACAAGACCUAACCAACUGAGCAGAAAGACCUGAAUAAACCACUAGACAGACACUCCUGAACACAAGGUGAAAUAAGGACAACACAGACGCCAAUUUAUCUUAAAUACUGGCCAAAAGUAGCCUCAAAUUAACUAAUUUUCACCUUGGAGCAUUGAAGCUAGAGUUAAGUUUGAGUAUACUGUUGUAAAGGUUGCAAAGUUAGAGCACAUAUAAAAACAUAGAACAAUGACAGCACAUCAGCAGUGAGUAAGGUACACACAAAAUUCACUUUCACUUCUCUUGGACUUCAAAAUGCUGAGACCGGCAAGUGGUCUGUGCCAAAACAAACGUAAGCAUGAAUAAACGCACUCAACAGCUACUGUCACAUUGAGCUUUUAAAGCUGAACUUAACCAGAACUAACAUGGAAAACACUGCAGCACUGUUUUUGUUUUAUGCAAACUAUUUGCGUUGUUUCAUAGACUAGCAGGUCAUCGAACGUUUACUGUAUUUCUGUCUUCUUCUCUAUUCUGGUUUAUUUAUUUGUAUAUCUUCACUCCAGCCUUCAGCAGUGACAUCUUAAACAGCAAGAAUAACUUCUACUUACAUCAGUGUCUGCCUUGUGUUUUGUCCCUCACCAUCAUCUCUUCUGUGUGAGCCAGCACAAGCAGUCCUUUUAGGUUUGU